AUGUCCUCCAAGACUGUCACUAAUGACCAAGAUGACAAAGACACAUCGGAAGUGGCUGCGGUAAAAUCUACAAUAUUGCGAUAUUUAGUCAAUCGUUAUUCAUUUUUAACUUAUGAGUUUAAUGAUCAAGGCCAAGAUACCGCAAUGCUACUCAACAGUAGUGCAUUCGAUGACGGCGGUAUUUAUACCUAUGAAAAUUCUUUUUCCACACCAUCAAUACACUUCACGCUCGUAUUCAAAGAGAAAUUAUCUGUUGAUAGCGAUACAUUGGAUAGUGUUAAACAGAAAUUCAAAUCGAUCACAUUUGAUCAACUACCGCUACCAGAGGAAGGCGGAUAUGCCAUUACUCUUCCAUCAGACUGGUUAUUGACAGUAAAGACUCGAUCAUUGCACAACACUGAUGACGCCAUAACAAAUGUUAUUACAAUCGAAUCAUUUGACAAUAAUGAGGGACAGGGACGUCUGAGAAUGAUGGUAUUUACAAGACAGUUUACUAUUUUCGGUCGAAAGAUCGUGGAGUCUGAAACGUCAGAUAUUCAAUUGACUUCACAUGGACAAGUACAAGGAAUAGUUAGAAUUGAUUUGCUAAUUAAAAGUGAUUAG